AUGUCAUCUUAUAUGGCAGGUGUUUUUGAUUUAGAUUUAGAUGUGGAUACUGUUGAGGUCGGAGACUCUGAUGAAGAUGAUAUAAUUGAAGUUGAUGAGGUUGAUUAUGAUCCUGAACUACAUGUGAAUAAUAUUGUAGAGGCAGAGGGAUCUGAAACAAUACAGCUAUGUGAAGAUAAUGUGAAUCCAGGCCAAUGCAAAAGACUUGGCCCUCAAGAUUUUGAAUUACGCAAAGUUCUAGGAAAAGGUGGCUAUGGAAAAGUUUUCCAAGUUCGUAAGAUCACAGGCCCUGAUGCUGGUGCACAUUUUGCUAUGAAAGUACUCAAAAAGGCUUCUAUUGUUCGCAAUCAAAAAGAUACCGCACACACUAAAGCUGAAAGAAAUAUAUUAGAAGCUGUUAAGCAUCCAUUUAUAGUUGAAUUAGUAUAUGCGUUUCAAACCGGUGGUAAAUUAUAUUUAAUUUUAGAAUAUUUAAGUGGUGGUGAAUUAUUUAUGCAUCUUGAGAGAGAAGGUAUAUUCCUAGAGGAUACAGCAUGCUUCUAUUUAUCAGAAAUUAUACUGGCCUUGGAACACUUACACAGCUUAGGCAUAAUUUAUCGUGACCUUAAACCAGAAAACGUUCUUCUUGAUGCCCAAGGACAUGUCAAACUUACAGACUUUGGCCUAUGUAAGGAACAUAUUCAAGAGGGUAUAGUCACACACACAUUUUGUGGAACCAUUGAGUAUAUGGCUCCGGAAAUACUAACAAGAAGUGGUCAUGGAAAAGCAGUCGAUUGGUGGAGUCUUGGUGCUCUCAUGUAUGACAUGCUGAUUGGACAGCCUCCCUUCACUGGUGACAAUCGUACAAAGACUAUAGAGAAAAUACUGAAGGGCAAGCUUAUGCUGCCGGCUUACUUGACACAAGACGCACGCGAGCUGAUCCGUCGGCUCAUGAAGCGAUCAGAGACUCAAAGACUUGGGGCCACAGGAGCCGCGGCCGUCCGCUCACAUGCCUUUUUCAAACAUGUACAUUGGGAUGAUGUGUUUGCCCGCAGACUAGAACCACCCAUCAAACCCCGUUUGGCUAGUGAAGAUGAUGUUUCUCAAUUCGACACAAGGUUUACUCUACAAACACCUAUUGAUUCCCCUGAUGAGUCUACAUUGAGCGAGAGUGCUAACCUCAUGUUUCAGGGUUUCACAUACGUGGCGCCAUCUGUGAUGGACGAGAUCCACAAGCCGCGUGUUAUAACGGCUCGGUCCCCGCGCCGUCCCCGCCCCCACCACGCCUUCACCGUGCCCCCCGCGCACGCGCAGGAGGACCUCAUGGAUGUACAAGGUCUACCAAUAUAG